AUGACACCUAGAGAUCCACUAUCUUGUCUGCUUGUAAUCUUAAUCAUCGUCACUUUGAUAUCCGCCCUCCCAGAUCAAGCCGGAGUCUCUUCAAGGCUAGCGAAGAGUCUUCAUCAAUCGUACGAGAGCCUCUGGCCGACAAAAUGGGGCCGUUCUCUCAACUCACAAAAGAGGGAUGACAGUGAUUCUGGCACCCUUACCAACCCUGAUGGCACUCCGUUUAUUUGGCUGCCACAGGAUACGUAUGCAGGGCAGACAUUUUUUGAUGAAUGGGAUUUCUUUGACGUCGACGAUCCAACACACUAUGUCAAUAAGUCCACCGCUCAAGAGAUGGGAUUAUUCUGGGUGGCAGAUAAUGGGACGGUUUUUAUGAAAGCAGAUGACACUUCGGUUCUGCCAUUUAAUGCUAGUCGUGCAAGUAUCAGAAUCACAAGUCAAAAGAUAUAUACCACUGGCCUGUUUAUUUUGGACCUUAAUAGAGCUCCUUGGGGUUGUGCUAUUUGGCCCGCUUUCUGGACUUUUGGAAACCCUUGGCCCCAUGUGGGCGAAAUUGAUAUCCUGGAGGGUGUACACGAUAACGAACAUAACCAGAUAACAUGGCACACUGACGCAGGUUGUAUUUUUGAUACCAACGCAACCUUCACAGGUCAAGUUGGGAAUACCGACUGUGUGGCCAAUGAAACUGUGAAUAUUGGAUGCGAUGUGGUGGAAUGGAGUAGAGCCUCCUAUGGCCCAUUUUUUGAAUCUCAAGGAGGAGGCGUCCUGGCCAUGAAAUGGGAUGAAAAUGAUAUUUCAGUUUGGUCUUUUUUCCGUGCUGCGAUCCCUGCCGACAUAACUGCAGGGACGCCGAAUCCUUCCCUGUGGGGAGUGCCAUCUGCGAUGCUCAGGAACACUAUGUGUGAUAUUCCAAAAUACUUCGCCAAUCAUUCAAUUGUUUUUGAUAUCACAUUUUGUGGCGUAUGGGCUGGAAAUUCUUAUGCUACGAGUGGCUGCCCCGGCACCUGUGCAGAUCGUAUAAUGGACCCUGCAAAUUUUGAGAAUGCAACUUGGAGCAUUAACUCGCUCAAAGUUUAUAGAAAACAGGUUUUGGCAGUCGGACAUGGCAAUACAUCCGCUGCAUCUUCCUUGAAGCUGCAGUCGGUUUUAGCGGUGUUGGCGGGAUCCUUGAUUAUUCCAGUUUUUCUAUUACUGGUUUAA